GCGGUUUGUAGCCCGGCCGGCGCAUGCGCGGUGUAGCGCAGUGGAGGUCGUUGGAGUCACAGCCGCCGCCAUGCUGUCCCGCAUCGCCCGUCCCAGCGCCGUCCUGUGCCGCGGUCUGGCCACCAGCGCCCAGAACAAUGCCAAGGUGGCAGUGCUGGGAGCAUCAGGAGGAAUUGGGCAGCCUCUCUCCCUUCUCCUGAAGAACAGCCCGCUGGUGAGCAGGCUCACCCUCUAUGAUAUCGCACACACUCCUGGUGUUGCAGCCGACCUCAGCCACAUUGAGACAAGAGCAAAUGUUAAAGGUUACCUGGGACCUGAGCAGCUGCCAGAUUGUUUGAAGGGCUGUGAUGUUGUAGUGAUUCCUGCAGGAGUCCCUCGGAAGCCAGGUAUGACCCGUGAUGACCUGUUCAACACCAAUGCUAGCAUUGUUGCUACUUUAACAACUGCCUGUGCAAAGUACUGUCCAGAAGCCAUGAUCUGUAUUAUUUCCAACCCGGUAAAUUCAACCAUACCCAUAACUUCAGAAGUUUUUAAGAAGCACGGUGUGUAUAAUCCUAACAAAAUCUUUGGUGUAACAACGCUGGACAUUGUAAGAGCAAAUACCUUUGUGGCUGAACUAAAGGGUUUAGAUCCAGCUCGAGUAAGCGUUCCAGUUAUUGGUGGCCAUGCAGGGAAAACCAUCAUCCCUCUGAUCUCCCAGUGCACACCAAAAGUGGACUUCCCUCAGGAUCAACUGGAAAAGCUUACGGGGAGAAUUCAAGAAGCUGGCACUGAAGUUGUCAAAGCCAAAGCAGGAGCAGGAUCUGCCACCUUGUCUAUGGCCUAUGCUGGCGCUCGGUUUGUGUUCUCUCUGGUGGAUGCCAUGAAUGGAAAGGAAGGGGUUAUUGAAUGUUCCUUUGUUCGCUCAGAAGAGACAGAGAGCCCAUACUUCUCUACACCUCUGCUGCUGGGAAAAAAUGGAAUUGAGAAGAACCUGGGCAUUGGCAAGAUCACCCCCUUUGAAGAGAAGAUGGUUGCUGAGGCCAUGGCUGAGCUGAAGGCUUCCAUUAAGAAAGGAGAGGAUUUUGCAAAGAACUUCAAGUGAAGAGUUGAUGAUGGAGAGGAAUUCCAACUUCCUUAAUUUAUUAAGGCAUCAUGUCACUUUACGACUUCUGAUUCAGAGCUCGUGCUUUGAUUGAAGUCUGUCUGUAUUAGCUUAAUGAUUGUUGUCAAAGCAAAGCCUGAUCAUCAAUAAAAAUGGCCUCAUUUUUUUCAGUGUA